AUGACUGCUCGAAAAGUUGCACUUUAUGGAUUAUUGAUUAAAUCGUGUCGUUCUUCUUCCAUUGCACUCCAGAGCAGCCGAAGAAAUUUGUGCUUUAAAUUCUCUGACGAACAACUGCAACUUGACGAAGCAGCUAAGAAAUUUGUAGCUGAUGAAAUUAUUCCAGUAGCUGCUGAAUAUGACAAAACGGGUAAAUAUCCACGGGAUGUACUCAAGAAAGCUCAUGCUAAUGGAUUUUUGAAUACGAUGUCUUACGCGGUAACCGAACCUGGUGCCGGAUCGGAUGUAGCCCGGACUCGAACACGAUCCGAGAAAAAAGGUGACGAGUACGUGAUCAAUGGAUCGAAGAUGUGGAUUACGAACGGUGGAGUAGCAAACUGGUUUUUCGUGCUCACUCGUAGUGACCCGGAUCCGAAAACCUCAGCCAGCAAAGCUUUUACCGCAUUUGUGGUCGAUGCCGAUACACCGGGACUAAGCUGUGGUAAAAAGGAGAUAAAUAUGGGGCAGCGCGCAUCGGACACUCGAGCAGUAACAUUCGAAGACGUUCGAGUGCCAAAAUCACAGAUGGUGGGUGGCCCUGGCGAAGGCUUCAAAAUUGCCAUGAAAACAUUCGAUACCACCAGGCCUCUGGUAGCAGCAAUGGCCGUUGGAUUAUCGGCACGUUGUCUUGACGAAGCUAGCAAAUAUGCGCUAGAAAGAAAGGCUUUUGGCACACAAAUUGCUAAUCACCAGGUUUGUUACAGCAUCCGAAGGGUCUAG